AUGGCGUACUCCAUCUUUGGACUGCUCCUGGUCCCUCCUAUCACAUUUGCAUUAUGGAAUCUCCAAUGUUUAUGGCGCAACUAUCGUCUUGCCCAGAAGAUGAACAUCCCUAUUGUCAUUUUGCCAGCGGCCGGAGACAAUCCUGUUUGGAUUCUGACAUGUAAAUAUAUUAUCGCCGUUCUGCGUUUUAUAUUCGGAGAAAUCGAUAUGGUCAAAUAUUCGUAUCCGGGGUGGGGAAGCGUUGUCAAACACCGAAUGCAUGAGGAGUUGGGUGAUGUUGUUGUUCAUGUUACUCCGGCGUAUAAUUGGUUAUACAUCUGCGAGGCCGAGGCGAUCAACGAGGUAUUCAAAAGAAGCAAAGAUUUCGACCGACCUCCGAAUCUAUUAGCUAUACUGGAUGUUUUCGGUCCCAAUAUCUCGACCGCCAUAGGGGCUGAUUGGCAGCGGCAACGUAAAGUCACAUCAGCACCAUUUUCCGAUUCCAAUAAUGCUCUGGUCUGGACGGAAUCUGUGAGCCAAGCCAAGCAAAUGAUUGAUUACUGGGUUUCCUUUACCAAGCCAGUGCGAACGACCGACGAGGAUACACGGACGCUUUCGCUCCAUGUUCUUUCGGGCGCGGGGUUUGGAAAGCAAUACUCGUUCAGUAGUAGUGCUGAAAAGCCGAAAGAAGGUCACAGGUUCAAUUAUCGUGAUUCUAUCGCCCUCGUGUUAGAGAACUGCGUUCUGAUCUUCAUUCUUGGUACAAAAUUACUUGCGAAGCUAGCGGGCUGGCCCAUAUUUGGCCGAUUGUCCAAUGUUGGACAGGCUACGAUUGAUUUCAAAGACCACAUGACGACAAUGCUUGCCGAAGAGAAAGUAGCCAUUGCAGAAGGAAAACCGCGUGCAGCAACAAUCACUAAUUCUUUGAUUCGUGCAAGUGAGCAAAAUGGAUCUACCAAAGACGAAGGAUUCAAAGGGUUGACGGAAGAUGAGAUUUACGGCAACAUAUUCGUCUAUAACUUCGCUGGACAUGACACAACUGCUACAGUGUUUAAUUGGGCAUUCUAUCUUCUAGCUGCUUACCCAGAAGUCCAAGAUUGGAUGUUUGAGGAGAUUGAGGCUGUUUGUGGUAAUGGAGAUUUGGCAACGAUAGAGUUCAAAGAUAUUUACUCUAAACUUCCUAGAUGUUUGGCAGUAAUGUACGAGACCCUCCGACUGUGGAAUCCAUUACAAGGAAUCUGCAAAUCAACAUUUCUCGAACCACAGCAGCUGACGAUUGGAAAUCAAACCAUCACGAUUCCCCCCGACACGCGAAUCAUUCCAAACGUCAACGCAAUCCACAGUUUACCGCGAUACUGGGGAAAAGACAGUUUGGAGUGGAAACCCUCGCGAUGGACUGUCAAUUUAAACCCUGAGCCUACCAAAGAAGGACAUACCAAACCCGUCGAAGGAUUCUUCGCUCCCACCAGAGGUUCAUAUCUCGCCUGGUCAGACGGUCUACGUCCAUGUCCUGGGAGAAAAUUUAGCCAAGUGGAGUUUGUCGCAACGAUGGUUGGAGUAUUCCAGCACCAUAGAGUCGAAGUUGCCCCUGAGAAGGGGGAGACGUUGUUUGAUGCUAGAGAGCGUGUUAAGAGAGUUACGGAGGAUAAGAUGGUUGUUAUUUUGCAGCAGAUGAGAGAUCCUAAGAGUGUUGGAUUGAGAUGGGAAGCCAGAUAA